CCGAGGACCUGGAUCUGAUCAAUACACAUGACAGCCACUAGAAACCACCGCAGCAGCAAGAUUGCCUACCUGAGCACACCCACCCAGCACUAAUGGGGGGAGGGAGAGGGGGGGGGGGGACACAUACAUGUCAGCCUCCUCCAUCCAUCCCUUCUACAAGCACAGGAGCACUGCGCCCCCACCAUCAUCAGAACAGCUCAAAAGGGUGCUCAGACCCCAAGCCACAGUGUAUGUUCUAAUUACCGGCUACUAGAUGAAUCCACAGAACCUGAACCUUCAGAAUAACGCAUAUCUGGGUUUAUGGACAUAUGACCACAAGAGCUGACAGUUGACUAUCACAGUUGAUGGCUUCAGGAUUAAUGUCUUUUUUAAUAUAUCGCAAGGCAUAAUGAACACUGAGUGCCACAGAAGAGGCAAAGCAAGAAUUAUUCAUGUGAUCGGCGAAGGGCCCUGUAAUUGGUUUGAGAACGUAUUUGCUUUGGCCAGGUUUACACCUGCUAUUAAAUAUGAGGCCCCCUUCUUGAUCAGCUUUUUUUCGCCAUGUGGCGUUUAGCAUUUAUUUUGGCCUUUCCAGACAUAAAAAGCUAGAUUUGAAUGUAUAAUUUGACCACCAACCGUAGUGGCAGCUUUAUUAAAGACUUUUCGACGAAAGCUUUGCGAUAUACAUCUUGCCUGACGCCACAGCUGAAGACUUGUUUGCCAUGUCACGCUCCAAUGUCCUGAUGCCAGUUACUGGUCAGAAUUUUGGAGGUCAAGGGGCACCGCCGCGAGUUGUGGUUUGGGAGUGGUUGAAUGAGCAUGGACGCUGGAGGCCUUAUACUGCGACCGUGUGCCAUCAUAUUGAGAAUGCUCUGCGAGAAGAUGGCCGUGGACGAGUGGCAUUAGGACAGGUGGACUCACAGCUAACCCCAUAUGUCAUUGACUUGCAGACCAUGCAUCAGUACCGCCAGGAUACAGGUACUGUUCGCCCAGUAAGGCGCAGUUUCUUUGAGCCAUCAUCUGCUCCCGGCAAGGGUAUAGUAUGGGAAUGGGAAAAUGAUGCAGGAUCCUGGACUCCUUAUGAUACAGAAAUCUGCAUUGCCAUCCAGAAUGCUUAUGAGAAACAGCACCCUUGGCUGGAUCUUACGACUCUUGGCUUCUGUUACUUAGUGCAUUUCCAAAGCAUGUGUCAAGUCAACCGCCAGACCCAUCGGAAGCGGCGGUUGAGAAGACGCAUGGAUUUGGCAUACCCUCUUACAAUGGGAUCCAUACCCAAGUCUCAGUCAUGGCCGGUUGGGUCUGGCUCUGGGUUACCUUGCUCCUGUCCACAGUGUCUGUUAGUAAAUAGUACUAGAGCUGCCUCCAAUGCAAUCCUAGCCUCCCAGAAGAUAAAGGUUACCUCUGGACCCCCACCCAAUUUGCCACCUCCACCUCCUCCUCCAGUACACCCCCCUGGCAUAAGGCAAAGUAAUACAUACAGUGGUGGAGGUGCCGGAUGGGGCAGAACAGGGGAAGGUGGUCGUUCUGCUGGAGGAAUCCGAAAUGGCUCAGGAUUUUCUCGAAGUCAGAGUGUACCCGGAUCAGCCCCAUACCCAGGACAGAACAACCUGAACAGACCAGGAGUUCAAAGAACAAGUGGAACAAAUAGUAGAGCUUCAAUUCCUCCAGGGGUGCCAGCUCUGCCCGUGAAGAAUCUAAAUGGAACAGGCCCUGUGCAUCCAGCUCUGGCAGGAAUGACUGGAAUUCUGAUGUGCGCAGCCGGAUUACCUGUUUGCUUAACCAGAGCCCCUAAACCCAUCCUGCACCCACCUCCUGUCAGCAAAGAGGAUAUCAAACCUGUCAGUGGUAUCAGUGGCAUCUGCAGAAAAACUAAAAAGAAGCAUCUCAAAAAAAGUAAGAAUCCGGAGGAGGUAGUGCGAAGAUACAUACAGAAAGUGAAGUCUCCACCAGAUGAGGACUGUACCAUCUGCAUGGAGCGUCUGGUCACUGCCUCUGGGUAUGAGGGUGUCCUGACUCACAAAGGGAUUCGCUCAGACCUGGUUGGAAAACUGGGAAGGUGUACCCAUAUGUACCAUGUUCUGUGCCUGGUGGCCAUGUAUAAUAAUGGUAACAAGGAUGGCAGCUUGCAGUGUCCCACCUGCAAAGCAAUCUAUGGAGAGAAAACAGGUACACAGCCUCCAGGGAAAAUGGAGUUUCAUGUCAUUCCUCACUCCCUCCCAGGAUACCAAGAGUGUAAAACUAUUCGCAUAGUGUAUGAUAUCCCCAGUGGAAUGCAGGGGCCUGAGCAUCCUAACCCAGGACGGAAGUUCACAGCCAGAGGAUUUCCACGUCACUGUUACUUGCCAGAUAAUGAUAAAGGGAGAAAGGUAUUACGCAUGCUGGUAGCAGCAUGGGACCGUCGUCUGAUAUUUUCCAUUGGUACCUCCAGUACGACAGGAGAAUCUAAUACAGUGGUAUGGAAUGAAAUUCAUCAUAAGACUGAAUUUGGAUCGAACCUUACUGGGCAUGGAUAUCCAGAUCCCAACUAUUUGGACAAUGUGUUAGCCGAACUUACUUUGCAGGGGGUCACUGAAGAUCGGCUUUAGUAAUCAGUAUGCUGGACCCUUUCAUACACAUAGGCCCAGCAGCUGGCUCAGAGCCUCAUCAGCUUUGCCCUGCUCAGUACUGCCCCUUCUUUUUCAGGGGAUUUCAUCCUACCAGAAAUGGAGACUCCACCAUACUGCCUUGUUUAUUUAAAGGGCAAAUGUGUGAUGUUUUUCCAGAGGAUUGGAGAUGUUUAAAAUCUUUCUUAUUUCAGUGAUGCAUGGAAGCACUCUUCACAGCAUCUCAGGCCUCAUGGGCAGUGCAAAUAGCAGAGAAUCACUUUACGAAGCAUGAAAUUACUGGGACAAAGGCAAUCUGAAUGCAGAAAGUUUCUUUAACUCAAUGAACAUGGGAGAAACAGCGCUAAUUCACCAAGGUGUGCAGGACUUUGGGCAUUAGACUAACAUGCUAUAUAAACCAUUUAUGUCCUGGUUGGCAUUUAGUCCUGGUCAAUGGCAAGGUGUAAGGCCUUGACCAUUCUAACACACCCACAAACGGAUAUGAGUGUUUAGCAUCCUUAUUACUACUACUUCAAAGCCAAAACCCAGAGCAGCCUCCUGUCUCUCAUCUUUUGCGUGACCAAAGUACAUGUUGUGUCUGUGUGUGUUACACAAAUCAGCGAUAUAUAUAUCUAUAUAACCUUCGCUAUGGCUAUUACUACAAGGUUGUGAGUGUAGAGCAAUAAGGAAUACAGAAAAUGAGCCAGUAUGCUAGGAAACAAAAAAUUGGACUUACUGUAUAUAACAUGGUGUAAGGUUGAGUGAUUGCUGUAACCCAUAUCAGCCAAUCAAAAACUGUUUUAAUAUAUCUGCUUAGACUUAUCUGUUGAAACAUUUCUAGCUGGUACAGGUUACUGCACAUCUUUGCACUAUGUUAAUAAGUAAGGGGUGAAUCUGGAUAUUUAUCAAUUAAAAUGUAGCAGAUUUAUCGUAAAUAUAUCCAUUUAUAAAAAAGUACAAAUUCAUUGCCUCUUUUCUGUAAAAAUUCACUCUUUAAACUGUUUCAUUGUCAUAUCAUAGAAUCUACUAUACAACAUCCAGGCUUCUACAGUCUUCUUACUUGUACCUCUAUGGCAGGUGGAGUAACCAUUCUUUAGAUGUUCCCUAUAUCUGCUCAAAAAUACAUUUAAACUGAACCUGACAGCUAUUUUAUACUUUAAGAAGUAGUAUUAUUUUUAUUUAAUUUUUUUUACAGUACUCAGUUUCUGAUGGGACAAAGUAGAUAUGUCAACCUUACCUCUCUCUGCAUCAUGUGUGCCGAUGCUUGCCUCAGACAAGUGCUUAGACUUACAGACAGGCACUUACUAGCAAAGCAGCCAUCUUCUUCCUAGCUCGUUUGGUGGCUGUGCACCAACAGGGUGGGUGCACCCUGUUUGAAGUCACAGCUAACGUUAUAGGGCACCUGGAAAGAUGGGAAAAAAUACUUUAAGUGCUCAUUCACACUACAGCAUUUCCCUUGAACUGCAUUGAUCCACGUAGAUCAAUACAAGGGCAGAUGUUCACACCGUACAAGUGUGGUGUUGUAUGCUGCGUAGAAAUGCACACAAUAAACUGCAGUGCAUAAAGUUAAACGCAGUGUUAUUUUGUGACACUUCAAUCAAGUAAAAAAAAAAACGAAAUUGUGCAAUGCGCUAUAACAAAGCAUGGCACUGCCACCUACAACAGCUAAGUUAUGCAUAGGCUUUCACCAAAUGGCAAAGACGUAACCCAAAAAAACAAAGAAGUGAAAGCAGUUAGGAUAUGGUGGGAAGGGAUACACAGAAGCAUUGUUUCUCAAAAACCAUGGUGUCAAAAUUCACCUUAUGGUGUCUGUUCUCAAGCAGAAUGCUUCCUUUUAAAAGUGUAAAAUGCCCAACAGGUUCAUGAUAUGCAAGUUUUGCAUUGCAUCUGUCAGAACAAAAUGUUGUUGAAAUUAAAGAGUGUUUUCUAAAGGAAACUCCAUGGAAUUUCCACACAUGAAGUGAAGCUUUUCCUCUACAUUUGACAGGACUCUGAAUCCUGUCACUGGAGUUUAAACCACAGUGACUGUAUUGAGCAUGACAAAUACAGCAUCAAGAAUGUCGUUUUUUUUUCUUAGCACACAGUGCCCAGUGGGUGUUUAGCAGUGUACUACUGCCACAUUACAGAAAACUCUCACCUGACUUCAUAAUUGUAUUGGCCGGACACAUGUUAAUGCUGCUUGUGAUCCAAUCUGUCAGAUUAACAAAAUGCACCCAUAAAUGUAGUGGGGGCACCAGUAACAUUUAUAUCCAACAUGAAAGACGCUACAAAGUUGUUAAACGCUUUCUCACACUGUAUAAUGAUCAGCAAGGCUCAGCAGAGAAUCUGCUACUCUGGAUAGUCUACACUGUAAAUGCCGCAUACAGCCUGCAGUCACAAGUUAUUUGUAAGCCGAUUUAUGGUUAAAAUUAUAUUUUUGACAAAUCAUAUACCAUUCAUGGUCUCCCAUAUUUUCCCAACUAUCUGACCACCUAAAGACCCCCAAGGAAAAAAUUACACCUACCCUAAUUUAGGGUUUACUAAAACUGGAGAGUGCAAAAUCUAGUGUAGCUCUGGGUAGAAAUCAGCUUCCAGGGUUUAGUUAUUUUUUUCUUUUUAGUCAGGUCAAGCUUUAUUGUCACUCUACUACACACGGCAGAAUGAAAUUUCGUAUCUCGCAGGACUAUGGUGCUACAUACUAAUUAAACAUAAAUAUACAAAAAUAGAACACAGCAAAGAAGUAAAUAAUUACUGUUCAUGAGAUUGUGCAAGAGGAAUAUUUCAGGGCAAUCAGUAAGAUUAUUUUUUAGUGUACUGCUCAAGCACUAGAUAUUUCUAAUUAAGUCUUUGUAGCAGCAAAUGUUUGUAAAAGUGUCUAGUGCAUAGUAUUGAAUAUGCUGAAGUUAGAAGCAGAUUGGCUACCAUGCACAGCCCCACCAGAUUUUUCACUCUCAAGUUUUAGUAAAUCAACCCCUUUUGAGUCUGAAUUCUGUGGAAGGCCAUGCACCUGCAGUAGAUCCUUCAUCAACUGGGAGAUGGUGACAGAUUUGUCUGUUCUUACUUGACCCAUAUAUUUAACAUGGACAUUGUCAUGCAAAAUGACCGGUUACCCUUAUUAACCCAAACACUGACCCAUUAUGAUAAGCAAUUUAUUUUGCAUCACUUGCACCUGUGCUUUACAUAACAAUACUCCCUAUUCAGGGAGAUGCAGUAAGCUACACCAUACUAAAUAGCAAUGCCAAUAAUUACGAAUACCAUUUAAAAUAGUAUAUUACCAUUCAUUAUCUGGCCACUUUCAUACUAUGAACUUUACAUUUUUUUAUAUUAUACUUUAUUAUUACUAUUACUCCUUAACAUCCUCAGAGCGCGAGCACUUGUUGGCCCCAGUCCUCCAUUGGCCUCAAGCCCCAUAUAUCCAUCCACUUAUCUUGGUGAUCAUUCAUGUGGAAUGUCAUCUACUAAAACAGUAGGUUUUUUUAUAUUUAUUAAUAACUAGUUGAGUCGUUCUAUGUUAAACUAUUCUAAUUUAUUUUUAUUAAUUAUUACUAUAUAAAUCAUUUUUAGACUCUGACCCCACAUAUCCCAUAAGUGAAAACGGGGUCCAGCAGCUCCACAGCAACCCGAUGGGUCUGGCUCCCAUCAGGUGUAUGUUCUCUAAUGAAUGAUCGGUACUGCCUUUGAUGUUAACGAGGCGCCAUAUGCAGUUUCUUUAAAAGUCCGACAGAAUGGGUGAGCAUAAUACCUGAAUUAGAUUACUACGUCGGUCGGAUCAAGCUGAAAUUCAGGCGUAUCUGGUUUCCUGAAUACAGCGCAUAGAUACGACGGCGCAUCCUACAACUUACGCGGCGUAUCAACAGAUACGUUGGCAUAAAUUGUCUGUGAAUCCGGGCCAAGGUGUUUUCUCAUAGGUUAAGAAAGUAGGGGUGGAUGAUGUCAUUAUCUCCACCAAAAAAAAAAAAUACAAGGCAUUCGAUGAAUGACCGUGAUUUGAGCAAGCAACCCUGUGUUCAGUGUUUAGAGGGAUAGCUGCUGGAGCAGCACCUGGAAGAUCAUGACUAUCACUGUAUGUAGUGCAAACUACUACAGUGAAUGCCACCAUUCCCAGCAGCCCUUCAAAUAGCACAUAUGGAUACUUGAAUCAAGCCAAACUGGACUAAUGUAAGUUUGCAAAAAAAAAAAUCUAAUGAAUAAUUCCAGGAGUACCAUUUUCAAGAUGCUCUAAAGCUGAGCUGUGCUAGCCUGCAAGUCAUACAUUUUGUAUUGGUUGCCAUCCAGAUACAAAUACUAGAAACAUAUCUUAAACUACCCACAGUAACUUUUUUGUGUACAGAAUAAAGAAAGUACUGCCCCGAAGAUAUAACCAUCUUUACACCUAAGCUUGGUUUUAUUACUCAGUACACCGAAACCCUCCCUAGAUGCACACACAGAGUCAGGCAACAGUUCUGCUUUAGACCUCAUUCCCUGAAAACUGUCCCUUGUAUGGGGAAUGACUCUUGCAGAAAAUGGCAAUAUAAUUUGGCUUUGGUUCCAAAGGGCUUCAAACUAUCCAUAUAUUCUUAAAGUGAAACUCAAUUGCAUGUGAACACCACCAACUGAAACUGCUAUCUAAUUAAAAGAGAAGUGCAGGGUUUGAAAAAAAAAAAAAAAA